UAAUCAAAAUUGUGAUAUUUCUUUGGCUCCGUCAAUGUUAUUUUUGAAAAUAAACAAUAUAAUGAAAUUUGAAUAAUAAUAAGACGAAGAUAAAAUUGUAGCAGAGUGCAUUAAAAUGGCUUUAAAAUACUUAUUGUGUGUUCUUUUGACUUACAACAUGUCGUUGUAUUGUGGCUCGGCGGCGGUGCACGGGCACAGCAUCGACAACCUGGAGCGGGAGACGGACGGGAGCUUCCGAGCGAGGGACUACGAGCACUACGGCGACUCCGGACACAACUCGGAGUUCGACCACGAGGCCAUUCUGGGCAGCGUGCGCGAGGCGGAGGAGUUCGACAAGCUGAGCCCCGAUGAGUCGAAGCGGCGGCUCGGGCUGCUGCUGCCCAAAAUGGACUUGAAUGGAGACGAGCACAUAGACCGGCUGGAACUUAAAAAGUGGAUCUUAAAAUCUUUCCUUAAUUUGUCCCGGGAAGAGGCUCAGGAGCGCCUAUUGGAAGCUGACGAGGACCGUGACGGUGCUGUGACGUGGAACGAGUACUUACAUGAUGCCUUCGGAGUGGAGUCUGAGGAUGAAGUGGGCCCUGAGGAUACGGGUGACUCUGGACUGAUAUUACAAGAGGAGAAAGCGAUGUGGGCUGUGGCAGACGCCAACGGUGAUGGCAAGCUGGAUCUCAACGAAUUCCAAGUGUUCACAAACCCCGAGGAGCACAAGGAGAUGCACCAGUUCCUCAUCAACCAGACCCUCAGAGAGAAGGACCUCAACAAGGAUGGCAGUAUAGACUUCAACGAGUACAUUGGAGAGAGAGGUAACCAGCAGGACAAAGUAUGGCUGAUAUCGGAGAAGGACAAGUUCGACAACGACCUGGACCUGAACAAGGACGGCAUCAUCGACCUGCAGGAGAUACACAGCUGGAUCAUACCCGAUAAUGAUGAAAUAGCGGACGAGGAAGUGGACCACCUGUUCGCAUCGGCUGAUGAUGACCACGACGACCUGCUCUCCUUCGAGGAGAUCCUGCAGCACCACGACGUGUUCGUGGGCAGCGAGGCCACGGACUACGGCAGCGACCUGAUGGGGGAGCACUUCGAUGACGAGCUCUGAAGACUUGGUCUGCUCUUCCUGUACUUGAGCGUUCGUGUGCGUUGAAUAUAGUUCAUGUUUAAAUUGGAAAUAAUUCUGGACCUAGUGUUUAAUGGUGCUCCCACACAGCGGUUAUAUAACGUUAUACAACAAUGUGUAACAAUAACAUUUGUGUUUAAACAAAUUAUAACAGUGGUUGUAGAGUAUGUUACAUGCUGUUAUAAAUGUUACACAAUGUUGUAUAACGUUAUAUAACUGCUGUGUGGGAGCACCUUAUUGCUUAAGGUAAGCGUCUACAGGCUCGCAUCGCAAUCAACGGAUUUUAGUUUGUCUUGUAUAGAAACUCAUACAACUGCGUCCACUGAUCCGCAUCGUACGCACCGCAUCAUCAGUAAUGCCUACAUGUGAUGCGUACUGAUGACGUCAUACGGAAUGCGUACGAUGCGGGCCUGUGGACGCUUACCUUUAUUCGUGCUUUUUUAUUGAGAGUGUUGUCUUUUGUUCGUAAAUUCCACCUUAGUGUUUUGUUUUAGAGUCGUUUUUUGCAAUAAUUAUUGUAAUUGUCCAAUGAUUCAAUCGUGACAAAAAAUUUCACGUGACAACUAUUUCGGCGAUAGUAUUACCAUCCGUGAGUCAGAACAUUUGAACAUAUCAUAUCUAAAGAUGAACAUUUAUUCAUAGAUAUAUAUCCUAUCUAAAUGCCAAUUGACUAUCGUAAAUAGCAUAAAUUGCAUCGUUAUCAUAACCAACUAAAAAUGCUUUUAUAUGUCGAUUACAAAGAAGAAAAUCUCAGUAUCAGAGUUAUUUCUAGUUUAAACGUGAACUAUAUUCAAACCACGAUGUUUCGAGUUUAAGGCCAGUUCUUACCAAGCGCGCUUGGGUCUAAUUCUAAGGUUUUACAAAUGGAUGUCUACCGUGAGUAACGCGUCCAACUAAUUUAUUUACUAAGCAAUAAGACUUCCCCAUUCUUGAGGGGAUGGGCGUAAAAUAUUCAUUUGUAUUUAUAUUAAAAAAAAUCUAGUGAUAAGUGUGCGUUUAUCUUUUGAGCCCUUUUUCAUAAAGACGCCAUGGUCGCACGUCCAACCAACAUAAACUAUGCAGUCGUAAAUUAAUAGAAACAUACAAACUUACACAUGUGAACUAUUCGAGAAAAGCUCAACCAGUUUCAGGUCACAUCAGGACUCAUAUUAAUGAGCUUGAAACUAAAAAUCUGGAAUAGUUCACGAUAGUAAGUUGUAUAUUUCAUAUGUUAGUUAUUAGUCGUAUUCGUCUGGUGUCUAGUGUGUGUAAACAAAUCAACUCUAGAGUUUGUUUUGGUGUCUCUAUGUAGAUACAUCGGUGGUCGUACGAUGAUGGUACCAAUGAAAUAGGGCUCUUAAAUUGUGACUUAAAUAAUUAAAAUAUUUUGUUCUAUAUCCGUGAUUUGUCACUAUAUUCUACUAACUAUAUUUUAACCGUAAAACCAAAUUAGAUGAGACCACUUUAUCGUAAAUUUAAAUGAAUUGUAACACACUAAGAUCUAAUAAAUUAAAUUAUUUAUAUUAUUUAUACACUAUAUUAAUGUUUUAAACUACUUACGGCCUAAUUUUAAUGUUGUAUUGUACUCGAAUCUUACCUCAUUCAGACCUGAAAAUACACUAUUUGUCUAAUGUAAGUUCCCUCAAAUAAAAACUGGCGGCAACUUAAAAACUACUUAAUUACAAACUAGUUAAGGUUGUUAUUAGUCCAAAGCACAUUGUAAAAUAUGUAAAAAUAUCCAACAUUUGUACAAAGAUAUUGAAUAAUAUCAAAUAGAUAGGCUUUGAUGUAAUUUUGCACAAACCACACGAUUUGUCAUGUCAUAGACUAGUCAUAACAUGUUAAUAUAAUUUAAGAUAUUCAUUAAAUUGAUGAACAUUGUUGAAAAUGUCAUGCCAUCGCCACCCCCGUGUCAUGUGAGAGUAUUAAUUUAACACAAACAAAUGUUUAUUGUAUUGUCAGAAAGUGCUUAUUAAACAAUGUUUAUAAUA